AUGGCCUCCGAAACUCUCUAUGCAAACUUCUGCAACCUCCGCAGCCAAAUCGUCUCGAAACUAACAAACUGGCGACAAGCCGUAACAAACCAAGAACUAACCGCUAAAGCCCUUAGCUUCAAUCUUAUCAGCCUAACAGACCAUAUGAACAAGUCCUUCCUCAAGCUCGAAAUCAUCGAAUGCCCAACAAUCUCCGCCUGUUACCGGUACAGAGUGAACAGAAUCAUCAACACAGUCUUAACAACAGUUGAGUCACUGCAAGACAGUGAAGAAAUCGUAUACACCGAAACACAUGUUUUAUCCGGUAUUUUGGGCAUGGUGAUUGUUCAAAUUGGAAGGUUGAGUAUUUGUCCUCUUGACUCGGAGACAGUUGAUAGAAGUGCUAUUGAGAUGGAUAUGAUGGCUGACGCUGUGGAGGCACAGGUAGGUCUUGGAAAUUUUGAGUGUGUGGAUGAGUCUAUGAUUGAUGAACAGUGUCUUUUGAAAGAGAUUUGGGAGUGGAUGCAUGAUGUUGAUCCGGGUUGUGAGUGUUCGCAGUGCUUGACUAGGAAUGUUGGGGAUUUGAGUACUGAUACUGAGCUUCGAACACUUGAAGGUUCAAGUGGGGAGUUUGAGAUGACCGUGACUGAUAUGGAUAUUGAGUUAUGGUCACCUACUCUUUUGGAAGGGUCGGGUGAGGAUCUUGAGAUGACUGAUAUGAACGUUGAGUCGUGCAUAUGGUCACCUAAUCAAGUUCGUGAAGGAUCAAGUGAGGAUCUUGGGAUGACGGGGUUGGAGAUUGAGUCGUGGUUACUCCCUCUUUGUAACUUCGAUAUGGAGGUUGAUUCGUGGCCACCUACUCUUGAUAACUUCAAGGGGGACAUGAUGGAAGUCUAA